AGUUUUUUCCCAUCGGCUCAAGAAACCGAGACGAGACGCGUACGCGCGGACAGGCAGCCCUUCUACCGCAGCUGCGGUUGCAGCGGCUGAAGCUACAAGCCCUUCUAAAUCUUACCCAGAUGAGUUCGGAUGAUGUCUUUUUGGUAGAGCUAACCGACACGGAUGGCGACAAUAUCACCUUCAUGCUGAUAGAUGGGGAUGUGCAGCAGUAUGUGAACGGAAAUCUGGAGAUUGCUCAGGUGAAAAGCCUGUACAUGGAUGAGAGCUCAGGCGCGGUGGCAGAUUCAAAGGGGCGGUUUACAGUGCAAGAGAGCCGGACAAGGAAAAGCUGGUUGCUUUAAAGCGUUUGAUGGGACAAGCUGGCAUCCAGGUAAAGCCGCUUGCAGCUGCGCCCACCCCCGCUCCCAUGCAGCCUGGGCCAUGGGGGGAUGGGGACGCCGACAUGGAAGCCGCUUUGGCUGCUUCCGUGGAGGAGUCGCAGCGUCAAAAUCGAAAGCUGGAAUUGGACUCGCGAUGGGAAGAUGUGAACGGACCCGUGGUGCUCAGACAGCAUAGCACCUUGAAUCAGUUCAACAAGUUCUUCUCCAAGGCCAUUGCUCGCUUCAACGCUCCCAGCUCCAUUUGCGGAUAUCUCACAAUUGCACAUUGCCGACUUCUCCGGCAAUUUCUGGAUGGAGCGAAGAGCCCACUUCCAGCAUGGAAGUUGCAAGAGGUUGGAGGCAAGCUGAUCACCGAAAGCAGUCUUGUUCUCAAGGAGACAGAACGGGCUAUGGCCGGCAUCGCAGCCAAAAGGCAGCGGUACAUUGAUGCGCACCUCCGGGAGUUCUCCCCGCCUGAGGCUCGGAAGUACCUGCGGGCCUGGGUGGCCAACUUCGAGAUCUCCGAUGAGCUGCGAGAGGAUGGAUUUCCGGAAGGAGGCUUCCGAAGCGCCACAGCUCCAUCGCUGCACUUCGCGCGCUACAACGAGUUCCCCCAGCUUGGCGUUGCCACCUUCGAGGAGAAGGCGCGCAUCGCGGCGGAGCAGCGGCGCUUCGGCGGGCAUCUCAACGAGAAGGGGGAGACGUCUACGUUCGAGGACGGGGAAUUUGCCCACAUCCUGGAGCGCUUUGAGGGGACUUCCUCCCAGCUGCUGACCCCCGCAGAGUGGCAGGCGUUAGAGCCGCCCAAUGGUCUCAGCGUCUUUGCAGUGGACGUGAACGGGCACUUUGUGACGGCAGUCGCGGCUUGGGUGGUGGACGGCGACGGGGAGGAAGCCAAGGCUGUGAUCCAGGUCUUCAACACCACGGAUUCCAGCUACCUGAGUUGGCCGAUGCUCUCCAACCUGCACGGCUUCGUGUUCCGAUCCGCGGCUGGAGGUGGCUUGUAUCAGUUUGACCUCACAACCUCUUCCCAGCGGUUCUGGGAGAAUUUCUUCAUGUUCAAAAUCUUCGUGCUGCACAGUACCAUCCCCAUGGAUGAGCAGGAGCAGGUGUGCCACGUCUUCCUGGCCUCCACCAUCGCAGAGUCCUCCGUGACACUGCCAAAGGUGCGAGUGGUCAUCGACACCUGCCUUCGGCGCCAGCUGUGCCCUGACAAGAGCCGCCACGGAGUGCAUUGCCUGCUGACGCAGCGCUGGCCUAAGCCAACCGCCUACCAGUCCACCCAAAAACGCGUUCCGUUUCCGGGGCGCGAGGUGGGUAUCGCACGCUUCAGCCUCUCAGCGCUCUGGGCGAGCAGGGCUCCCUCCAAGCGGCAAAAGCACCGGCCAGGCCGCGUCUUCCCGGGCGUUUCUAUUCGAUUAGUGCCCAGGAGUUUUUACACGCAGCACAUGACGCAGUACGACGCGCCGGAAAUCGAGCAGGCCAACGUCUUGCAGGGUAUCAUGGGCAUCCAUCUUAAUGAGUCCCAUUCAGAGGACGGGUCACAGAUAGCUUUGAUGCCUUACCUCCAAGCAGGCAAUUUCACGGGCGUCCGGUGUGCCAAGCAAACUCGGGGAGUGUGGCAGCUGUGGACAAUGAGCGCCAUUUGCAGUGGCCUCUACACAGGGCUGGCGCCCUGCGGCCUGCGCGCCCCUGGGGGGCUCGCGCCCAGCGUGCCAUUGGGAAAGCCCAGCCUUCAGAGCGGCACUGGGCUGCGGAUGAGGUCCGCCUACGGAGACCUCGUUUUCGAGCGCGAAUGCGCUGCAGGCGCGCCCUGCGUGGCGCUUCCAAGUGCGCAGCUGCACCGCAGCCUGCCGGAGCUGGAGGCGAUGAGCACGGCCAAGCUGAAAAACGUCGCCCGGGAGCUUCAGGACAAGGGAGGCAACUGCCUCCCUAUCGCGCCGGGCCACCGGGAGGGCCUCAUUGCCUGGAUUCUAAAGGCGCAAGACCUGGCGCCAAGCCCAGCCGGCGCAGCAGCAGGCAUCAAGUCUGAGUUGGGGGAGCUGGCAGACCGAGGAGUUGCGCUGCAGCAACCUGCUCCGCUCUACGUGCGUGCAGGCAGCGUCCCUGCGGAGCGCGCGGACCGGCGCAGGCUGCGUGCAGAAGCGCGGCUGCGCGCUGAGGGCCAAAAGCCAUGGGAAGGAGCCGUGGAAACUUGAGGCUGACCACGUCAAGCCCUCGCCCGGCGCACUGUGGACCUCCCGCUCGAAGGAGACACAUUCCACGCACGUCGUGACGUCAAGGAGUUGCAGGAUGUGACGCGGGAAUUUCUGGAGGCUAGGCUUCAUCGGCAGAAGGCCCUCCAGCAACAGCUGGCGG